GACGCUUACCAGUAGCUGCCUAAUCGCUAACAGUGAUUUUUUUCCUCCCUUCCUCCUCCUUCGGACAAGCUCCCCAUGAUGAAGAUGCUGCUGAGCCUGUUUGCUCUGCUCUCUGCUGCCCUGUUAGUCAACACAGCCCCUCCAACUUGCUACUCGAGGGUGUUGUCUCUGAGCAAAGAAAUCACGGAGUCCUUUAAGGAGUUACAGACUUCCAAAGCUGUGGACUCGUGUGUGGAGAUGCUGCCCAGGCUGUACUUGGACAUACAUAAUUACUGUGUGUUGGCAAAACUCCGUGAUUUUGUGGCCUACCCCAGAUGUGAGAGAGUGCUUGAAGUGAGCGAGCUGAAGGAAAAGGCCCGGAGCCUGUACACCAUCAUGAUCUCCUACUGCAGAAGGGACUUGGUGUUCCUCACUGAUGACUGUAGCGCUCUGGAAAAUCCUAUUCUUCCUCCCAUUGAGCCCUCCAUCACUGAGAGCUAAAAUGAAGUCAACCCAAAAGUUGUACCUGGGAAGUUUUCAAGACAAAGAGUCAAAAUAUGCAUACGUGGUCAACUACAACGUUAACAGCUAACAUCUUUUUCAAGCACACUAGCAAUAUUAUCUCCGACCUACCCAUUUUUCUCAGCCUUGGCAGGAAAUGAGCUGCAUGCCUUGCAUACCUACUGAGCUGCUAGGAA